CCGGGAGCUCCGAAUCCACAGAUCGCUGAGAUUCAGUCACGAGUGGAGGAGUUGGUGCGUCGCUAUGACGAUGCUGUGGCUACUGCGGAGCAAGAGGAGCUCCGAGAGGAGGAAGAGGACACUUUCGGCGACAAGGUGCGGACUCCUGCUAGGUGGCGUGUGGGCGACAUCCUGCUCGCAACACAUCGCUCCAUGGCUCGCACGAGUACACACACUGAGCGAGCCAUUAUCGCCGAGUUUGGCGAUGAUCCCGAGGUGAGCGCAGCUAUCGGAAGCGAGGCGCAGAAGGUGGGAGACGCGUUCACCGAGGCGGCGGAGCAGGCUGUUCGACGGCAUCAGCGGCUCUCACACAUCCAACAAGCUCUGCACUCGGCGGCAGCUAAUGGAAUGCAGCUCGACGACAGCAGUGGGGACGAUGCAGACGAUAAACCGCCGUCACAUGCCAUCCGCGAGCGCCAGUUGAGGAACACAAUUGACGCGCUGCAUCGAGAGAAGGAAUUGAUGGCCAGUCAGCUGCAGGAGGCUCUGAAGGCGCAGCAAGAAUCGCGCAUGGCUACUGAACAACAAGCGCAGGAGCUUGCAAAGGCUCAGAGACAACUUCGAGCUCAGGCUGAGGAGCUGCGUAUCACUCAAGAACACAACGAGAAAGCUGCCGAAGCAGCGAACACCCUAACGACAUCCUGGCGGGACAAGUUUCAAGCAAGUGCCAAGGCGGCAGCCGCAGCGGAGGCGAAAGUGCAGGAGCUCGAGUCCAAGGUCCGUGCCCAGAGCGAGGAGAUCGUCAAGCACACUUUCGUGCUUCAGGCCGAGAUUCAGGAGAUGGAGCGCUUCAAGGAGAGUGAAGCCGCUCGAAGUCGAGCCGAAGCAGCAGCUCAAGCUGCAGCCCUAGCUGAAGCUGAAGCCGAGGCCAGGAGAGCGAAAGCCAAAGCAAACGAGGAGAAACGCAAGAGCAAGCUGAGCGCGGAUGGCAACAGCAAGGGCAUGCAGGAGAUGGAGGACAAGGUCCGUGAGCUGGAGGGGGCUCUACUCGCCGCCGAAAGGAUCAAGGAGCAACUGGAAACGGACAACACCGAGCUCUUGCAGCGUAUGCGAGAGCUCCAAGCCCGUUUUGGGGAACUACGCCGAGUCAAACCUUCGAAAGAGGAACCGACAAAGGAAUCGGAGACGCCGACUGCCCCCGUGUCGACGUUCGCCUUAAGGUUGCGCGAGAACACGCCCCGAGUGAACGCUCGCAAGCGAAAGAGGGGCGGGAUCGUGCCCAAACCCAAUGCUCGGCCAGCCCCCAGUGCGCCGGUGGCCCCCGCGAAAAUUGACGAAGAGGACGAUCUGUCGAGUAGCGACAGCGAAGCGGGGGACAGUGACAACGAAGCCGAAAUCGACGAAGUGGAGAAAGACGAGCGGGAGCUGAAUCGGGUGAUGCAGCGAGUCGUGGCAACUGUGUUCCCGAUUCUCUCA